AUGGCCCAGAACGGCGACAAAGCGGUGACCCCGCUCAUCAUCAACGGCGAGUCCGUCGUGACGGACAUCAAGUUCGAGGUCCACGCCCCGGCCACUGGUGAGCUGUCCGGCCAUUGCGCCGGAGCUUCGGUGGAUGAUGCCGUGCGCGCUGCGGAUGCUGCGAAAGCCGCGUUCCCGGCCUGGAGCAAGACCAAGGCCUAUGACCGCCGCGACAUCUUGCUGAAGGCGGCCGAUAUCAUGGCCUCGCGUAAGGAGGAGCUUAUUCAGUACCAGCUCGAGGAGACCGGCGCCGGUCGGCCGUUCGUGGAACACACUUUUAACAUGGGAGUCAACUUUAUCAAGGACUUCGCGGCCCGCAUCCCCACUAUCGAGGGUAUCGUGCCCAACGUCACUUUGGACGGCGAGGGCGCGAUGGUCUUCAAGGAGCCGUACGGUGUGAUCUUGGGAAUUGCACCUUGGAACGCCCCCUUCAUCCUGGGCACACGAGCGAUUGCACUCCCGCUUGCUGCGGGUAACACAGUCGUGCUUAAGGGCUCGGAACUCUCGCCCAAGUGCUUCUGGGCUCUCGGUGAUAUUUUCCGACAGGCUGGUCUUCCCGCCGGAUGCUUGAACGUCGUUUUCCACCAGCCUUCCGAUGCCCCGGCUGUCACUACCGCGCUGAUUGCCCACCCGGCUGUUCGCAAGAUUAACUUCACCGGUAGCACACACGUCGGUGCAAUCAUUGCUUCGACUGCCGGCAAGUACAUUAAGCCCGUGCUCCUCGAGCUGGGCGGUAAGGCGUCUGCGAUUGUCCUGGACGAUGCGAACCUGGAUAAGGCCGCGAUGAACUGCGCGAUCGGCUCAUUCAUGCACUCCGGCCAAAUCUGCAUGUCUACCGAGCGCAUCGUGGUGCAGCGCGGUAUCGCCGACCAAUUCCGCCAGAAGCUGGCCGAAACCGCUGAAAAGCUCUUCGGCAAGGAUGCCCCGGCUCUGGUGUGCGUCAACUCGGCCGCCGUAUAUAAGAACAAGAAACUCGUCUCCGACGCCGUCUCGCGCGGUGCUAAUGUCCUGUUUGGCGAUGCCAGCGCCAACGAAGCGAGCAGCACCAGCAUGCGACCCAUCGUUGUCGAGGGUGUUACCAAGGAGAUGGACCUGUACGCCACCGAGUCCUUCGGCCCGACCGUGUCUCUGAUGGUCGUCGAGUCCGAGGAGGAGGCCGUGGCUCUGGCCAACGACACCGAGUACGGUCUGACCUCGGCCGUGUUCACGAACAACCUGUUCCGCGGUCUGCGCGUGGCCAAGCAGAUUGAGGCUGGUGCCGUCCACAUCAACGCCCUGACCGUCCACGACGAGCCCGUCCUGCCCCACGGUGGCUGGAAGAGCAGUGGAUUUGGCCGCUUCGGAGGCAUCGGCGGCUACGACGAGUUCCUGCAGACCAAGACCGUCACCUGGAUGGAGUAA